AUGUCCCGCUUCUCCCAGUACGACACCGACGAAGAGCGCCUCCCCGAGGGCGUGACCCGCACAGGCUACGAUGCCGACACGCAGACCUACUCCUACCGCGACAGCGAAGGCAACCACUGGGAGGGCGCCCCGGGAAACAGAUACGGCCGUCUCACGCAAGGGUCACAGGGCGCUGAGAGCGAACCCUUCGUGCCCGGGACGCCACGGCGGUGGGAGCACGAGAAGGAGUCGUGGCGGCAGUCGUGGGCGCCGCUGCUCAACUUCUUCGUCCUUAUCGGGUUGUUCCUUUGCGGUGUCGUCUGGCUGCUGUAUCGGAACAAGGCGCCCGUCGAGAAGCUCGACUGCGGCAUCGGCCAGGCGGAAUAUCGGAUUGCAAAGGGGGACACGUGUUGGGCGAUUGCGGAGGACAAGGGCACGAGCGUCGAGGGGCUGCUGGGCAUCAAUGAUGGUUUGGACUGCGACAAGCUGCGUAUCGGCAGGACGAUUUGCGUGCCGUUGAAGGGGCAGCACGUGGGCUGA